AUGAUUUCGGAAACCACUUCCGAUGCAUUGAAUUCGACAACUUCUACUAGUAUUGAAUUGAACAAGGAUAAUCCCAAUGAGUUCGAUUCGUUGUAUGAUUCGAGAGCUGCGAAUGAGGAGAGAAGAGGAGGAGGGGGAAAUAGUGGAGAAUAUACUGAAGAAUUACAGGUGAGCGGGUUUUUUUUAAAGAGGAUUACCGGAAAAAAAACAGUCAAAACACCUUCAAAAAAAACAUUAUUGUAUGUCAAGAAGCGGAUGCUAGAAAACCCUGCUGUCAAGUAGCUGGGCCUAGAGAACCUAGUUGUAUAGGACCCGCGCCUAGAGAACCUAGUGGUCAAGUAGAUGCGCCUAGAGAACCUUUUUGUCUAGUAGCCAACUCUGGAGAACCUAGUUGUCUAGGGUUCGCGGCUGAAGAACAACCGUGGCUCGAGACAGCGCCUUGAGACCCACUAUGGCUAGUAGCCGAGCCUUGAGAACCACUAUCACUAGUUGUGAAGGGUAGAGAACCUAGUUGUCUAGUAGCCGAGCCUUUUGAGCUUCAUUUGGCAAGUAGCUGGGUCUAGAGAACCUUUUUGUCUAGUAGCCGAACCUAAAAAACCCUGUUGUCAAGUAGCUGAGCCUAUAAACUCUGUUUUUGAAGGACCCAGGCCUUGAAAACCUAAUUCUCUUGGAGCCGCGCCUUGAAACCCUUUUUGUCUAGGGCCUGCGCCUAGAAAAGCCUUGCUGUCAAGUAGAUGCGCCUAGAGAACCACUAUCUCUAGGACCCGCGCCUAGAGAACAACUAUGUCUAGGACCCGAGCCUUGAGAACCUAUUUGUCUAGUAGUCGCUCCUAGAGACCCACUACGGCUCGGGACAGCGCCUUGAGACUCACUAUGACUAGUUGUGGAUGCUACAGAACCUAGUUGUCUAGGACCAGCGCCUAGAAAACCGCUAUGUCUAGGACCCGCGCUUAGAGAAUCCUAGUUUUCUAGGACCCGAGCCUUGAGAGCAUCUAUGUCAAGUAGCCGCGCCUAGAAAACCUUUUUGUCUAGUAGAUGCGCCUAGAGAAUCUUUUUGUCUAGGACCCGAGCCUUGAGAGCUUCAAUGUCAAGUAGCCGCGCCUAGAGAACGACCAUGUCUAGCAGUCGCGCCUAGAGAACCUAGUUGUCAAGUAGCUGCGCCUAUAGAAUCACUAUGUCUAGGACCCGCGCCAUUAAACUAUAACUUUGCUCUUUUGAUUCUCCAACUUCCAUAUUUUUCCCCAUUCAAAGUCAUUUUUUUUCAACAAACGCCAAAGUUCAACUGUAAUAUUUUAAUAUAUUCUACAUUGAUCAAAAAACUUUUCCCAAUAUUUUUCAUCAUUUUUUUCCAGACCGACUCUGAUCAACAAGAAAGUAGUGCAAGUUUCACAAUGUCUUGGGCAAGGUAAAAAAAAAUUUUUUUUAAUUUAAAUUUUUUUGAAUAUAAUUUUUGAAAUUUUCCAAUUUUGCAGAAUCAAAUCAUCAAUGAAACAACGAAUACGAUGGAUUAUUUUUGGACUAACAUGGCUUCAGGUAAAUCUUUUUUCACAUUUUUUUUUGGAAAAUAAUUAUUUAUAAUCAAGUGUACUUUUAGCUUGGAAGUGUUAUGAAUUGCGUCGAUGUCUUCUCGUUUUCUAUGGUUUAUAUGGAGACUAAUGUGACCAAUGAGUCGGCGGAUAAUGUAAGGAGGAUUUGUGAUUUUUUUUUGCAGAAAAGGAUUAAAAAUGGGAUUAAAGUGCAGGUUUUUAGACUGAAGAUUGAGAAAAUUCACAAUUUUCUAGCGGAUUUUUUGAAAAAAAAUAUAUUUUCUACUUUUUUGAGGCUUCUGCGGCCUUUCUGAGGCCUCUAGGGCUUUUUUGAGGCCAUUAGAUUCUUUUUUUGAAGCAUUUUGGGCUUUCUGGGACCAUUAGAUUCUUUUUUGAAGGCUUAAAGGCCUUAAGACACUUUUUUUUGGAUUACUAGGCCAUUUCAGGCCUAAAACUGUACAGGGCGUGCUGCGCAAGCCCUGUAAAGACAGGUUUUCUCAAAAAAUAGCAAGUGCGCUCCAAUGCAAAUCACAAAUUUUGGUGAAAAAUUCAAAAAAUCAAAUUGAUAAAAUCAAAAAAGGUAAAAUGUGCACAGGAGCGCACUUGCUAUUUUUAAUAGAAAAAUUUGAUUUUUCGAAUUUUUCACAUAAAUGUGUGAUUUGCAUUGGAGCGCACUUGCUAGUUUUUGAGAAAAUCUGUCUUUACAGGGCUUGCGCAGCACGCCCUGUACAGUUUUAGGCCUGAAAUGGCCUAGUAAUCCAAAAAAAGUGUCUUAAGGCUGCCUUGAAGGCCUAAUGGCCUUUAAGUUCCCAAAAAAAAGUUGUAAGGGCCUCAAAAAGGCUGUAAAGGCCUCAAGAAAGCUCAAAAUACUUCAAAAAAAAGAUCCUAAUGGGUUCAGAAAGCCUUAGAGGCCUCAAAAAGGCCCUUAAGGCUUUGAAGAGGUCCUAAGGGCAUCAGAAAGGUCCUAAAGACCUUAAAAACCCUAAAGGCUUCUAAAAAGGCCCCAAAGGCCGCAAACGUUUUAUUAAAAAUCCGCUAGAAAAUUUUAAAAUUGAAAAAUCGCGGCGAGACCCAACUCAUCAAAUUUGUCAUGCACCUUUAAUCAAUCUCUUAUUUUCAGAUGUACAUUUAUUCACUGGAAGAGAAAUCCAGUCUAAUCUCAGCAAUGGCAAUCGGUUCACUCAUCGGAAUGUACCCACAAAAUGUGCUGAUGCAAAAAUACGGAGCCCGUCCGGUUUUGACAAUUGCCAGUGUUUUGUGUGCCAUUGUCACUGCAUUCAUGCCAUGGGCACUGGAUACCAAUUAUCAUGUCGCCCUGGUUUUUCGGAUAUUUCAGGUGCGGGCUGAAAAUUUUCGUCUGAAAAUGUCGAAUUUAGCUGUUUUCUGAGCUAAAAUAGGCUUUUUUAACGAAUUUUUGGCAAAAUCAAUCAUUUUUAGAUUUUAUUAUCGAAAAUCUCAUCGGUACACGCAACGCAGACCGCGCCGCGUCACAACACACACAAAAAAGGGAAGGAAUUUGAAUCGUUCCCUUGUGUCGUGGCGCGACGCGGUCUGCGUUGCGUGUUUAUUUCGGUGGAGCGCGUGGAGAUUUUCGAUAAUAGCUCUGUAAACUCGGGAAAAUCAAGUUUUCUGAGCUGAAAUUCUGAAUUUUUCAUACAUUUUUUUCAAAAUCGACCGUUUUCAGCGCUUAAAAUUGAAAAAAUGUGAGAUUUCUGAUAGAAAAUUGACCCAAGCCUGAAUUUGGAUUGUCAUGGGUGGAAUUAUUGAUUUUUAUGUUUGCUCAGCUCUGAAAAUGAGCUAUGACGUGGCGAAAAUUCAUAAAAAUCGAUAAUUUCAUCCAUGACAAUCCAAAUUCAGAUUUGCGCCAUUUUUCUAUCAGAAAUUUCAGAUUUCAAGCAAUUUUAAGCGCUGAAAAGGCGAUUUUGAAAAAAUGUAUGAAAAAUUCAGAAUUUCAGCUCAGAAAACUUGAUUUUCCAGAGUUUUCAGAGAAAUUUCUAGAAAUUAUUGAUUUUGUCAAAAAAAAUGCCACGUCAAAUUUUUUUCAAAAAUUUUCUAGAAAUGACAAAAAAAUCAAUUUUUAAAUAUUUCACGUGAACACGUGAUCCACUUUUUCAUUUUCCAUUUUCAAUUUUUUCCAGGGAAUCCUAUACUCUGCCGAUUUUGGUGUUGUCGGUUUCGUCUGCUCGAAAUGGUCGCCACUGAGUGAAGUUGGGCUAAGUCUGGCAACACUAAGCGGCUUCACGGCAUGCAGAGCUGUUAUUCAACUUCCAAUCGCUGGAUGGGUAAGCUUAGGCGCUCCACCGAAAUGAACACGCAACGCAGACCGCGCCGCGCACACAAAAAAGGGAGGGAAUUUGAAUCGUGUGUUGUGGCGCGACGCGGUCUGCGUUGCGUGUGGAGCGCGUGUAAUACCGAUGAGAUUCAUAAAUAUUAAAAAUAAAAGUUUCUUUUCAGACAGUCGCAUUUUUCGGCUGGCGUGUCAUUUAUUAUAUUCUAUCAGCAAUUUUACUAUUAAGCACAAUUUGCUGGUUUUGGAUCUAUCGCGAUGAUCCAGAAUGCCAUCAUUUGAUCACAAAUUCCGAACUGCACAAAAUUCUGAAUGGCAGAAGAAAAGAGAAUCGAAAGAUCAGUGUGCCUUAUAAGCAAAUUAUGAGCGAAAAAUCGGUUUGGGCCGUGUGGUUCGCCGGUUUUGCUGAUAUUUUUGCAUCGUUUGUAUUUUUAGUUUAUGGUGCGCAAUAUUAUCAAUAUUUGGGCCUUAAUGCGCAGGUUUGUUCUUUUGAGUUGAAAUUUUGGGUUUUAAUGUUAUUCAUAUGAUAGAAUGGUCUAAGACGAACAGAAUCAUAUAAAUUUUGAUGACUUUACCUUAUCCAUAAGUGAUUUAGCGACCUUAUCGACUAAACGUCGCUAAAUCACUUAUGGAUAACCUAAAGUCAUCAAAAUUUAUAUAAUUCUGUUCGUCUUAGACCAUUCUAUCAUAUGAAUAACAUUAAAAACCUGAAAAUGUCAUUUAUACCCGCCGCGAUGCGUGUGCGUUGCGGUCGCUUCACAAUACAAAACCCCCGUUUUUUCAUGUCCAACUAUACUUUGUCUUUUACACCAUAAUUCUAUCUUGAAAUUUGUUUAAUAAAGAAUUGGAAGAAAAUUGAAAUCUCGUGGAUUUCUCCUAUUUUUAAUGGAGGAAAUUGUUUUGAAAUUUUGGUUUUUUCAACAAGAAAUUUCAAUUUCCAUUAAAAAUAGGAGAAAUCCACGAGAUUUCAACUUUCUUCCAAUUUUUUAUUUAACAAAUUUCAAGAUAGAAUUAUGGUGUAAAAGGCAAAGUAUAGUUGGACAUGAAAAAAUGGGGGUUUUGUAUUGUGAAGCGACCGCAACGCACACGCAUCGCGGCGGGUAUAAAUGACAUUUUCCAGGUUUUUUAAGAAAAUGAGUUGAAAUAUUGGGUUCUAAUGUUAUUCAUAUGAUAGAAUGGUCUAAGACGAACAGAAUGAUAUAAAUUUUGAUGAUUUAAGGUUAUCCAUAAGUAUUUUAGCGACCUUAUCGACUAAAUAUCGAUUUAAGGUCGCUAAGUCACUUAAGGAUAACGUAAAAAUCAUCAAAAUUUAUAUCAUUCUGUUCGUCUUAGACCAUUCUAUCAUAUGAAUAACAUUAGAACCCAAUAUUUCAACUCAUUUGUGUGAAAAACAUGAAAAUGUCUCAAUCCACGUGGUUUUCAGGCAAAUGCGUGGUUCAAUUCUGUAAAAGGUUUACUAUUUAUUCUUGUUCGUAUAAUGGCUGGACUAGCAUCGGAUCGUGCGAAAUGUCUCAACGAAAAAUCGAAACUUCGCCUCUUCAACACGGUUUCGCUGCAAAUUCCGGCAUUUAUUUUGAUCAUUGUCACAUUUCUUCCCAGAAAUCUUCCAUAUCUUCAUAUUAUGUGUAUCACGGUGUAUCAAGCUUCAUUCGGGUUUAAUUGUGGAGGAUUUUAUAAAGCUGCUGCUUUGAUAUCUAGGUAACUCGGGAACAUUUUACCAUAUAUUUUUAAAAUGCGUUUUUCCAGACAAUUCUCUUAUUUUGUUAUCGGGUAUAUUCAAUUGUUCAAGUCAUUGGCUACACUCAUCGAGCCGGUUUUGUUUUCAUUGCUUGUUUUACAACCUUCAACUGAAUGUAAGAAGUUUCACCCCUAAAAAGUUACCCUAAGUCUCUAUUUUCAGCGGAUUUAUCAUGGGGCAGUUACUUCAUGUUUCACGCAAUCGUACUAACAAUCGCUAAUACAUUCUUCAUAUUUUUCGUGAAAUCCGAGCCAGCUGAAUUUGUGAUGAACGCCGAUUUGGAAAUGAAUAAAGCUUGUGGAGUAGUCGAUGGUGAAUAG